AUGAGUGGUGAUGAGAGUAAGAAUGGAUCGUCUAGGUGUUGUAAAGUGGGUCAGAUACGUGCAUACCCAAAAGUUGUGAAGACAGUAGUCUUAGAAGUAAAGAGAACUAAGAGAAUCAGGAAUCUUAAAGCAAUGGUGCGUGAGAAGGAAGGUAUCUCUGAAAGUCUACAACAACUUUUCUUUGCUGGGGAUCAGCUAAGAGAUGAUCAGACACUAGUUGACUAUGGCAUUAAAAAGAACUCCACCCUCCAUCUUGAAGCUCCAGAUACUACCCAAAGCAUCAAGUCUCUGAUUCACAUCAAGGAGGGAAUUGAACCUGAUCGGUAUACCUUAAUGCAUGCUGGAAAAUUACUUGAAGAUAGCAUGACUUUGGCUUCUCUUAACAUACUAGGUCAGACUACUGUUUAUUUGGCAAUAGCUGGGAGCAUGAUGGAUUUUCCAAUCCAGGGCCAUGUUAUGUGUUAUGCAGGCAAACAACUUGAGGAUUGCAAGAGCUUGGUUCAUUAUAACAUAAAGGAAGGAUCAACCUUAGAGAUUUGUACUACCAUUCAGAUAUUUGUUAGGACAUGGAAUGGAGGAAGCUUGACGCUUGAUGUGCUGCCAUCUGAUACUUCAAGGGAUGUGAAUGAAAAGGAAACUGCAUAG